UCCCGAAAUCUCGCGAGGGUAGAUGAGCGUCGGUACUUUGCGGGCCACUAGCUCUCCCAGCUGCUGUAAUUGCCGCUGCGGGAGAAAUUGGAGCUGCUGUCGUCUGCGCUCCCGCCCUCCCCCACUGAGGAGAGCCGCCGCCUCUUCCCUGCCUCUGCCCAUACACCUAUCGCCUGGAGCGGCAGCAGCCACUGUCCCUGGACCCCGCCGACGCCCCCUCAGGCGCUCGCUCCACCGGUCUUUGCCCGCAGCCUGGCAGCUGAGGGCGACCCCCUGCUCCUGACCGGCUGCUGCUCCUUCCUCCUCCUCCUCCUCCUCCUGCUCUUUGCCCGGGACCCUUUUCCCCACGGUCUCGCCAGGGUGGAGGACAACGAGGAGGAGACGAGAGUCACCCUCCCUGCAGGCGGCGCCGGCCCCCUCACCCGCGGGUGUGUCCUAUAAAUGGCGUCGGAGAGCGACACGGAGGAAUUCUUUGAUGCCCCUGAAGAUGUGCACCUAGGGGGUGGCUACCCCGUAGGUUCAAGCGACUGACAAGAACCUCAGUCUUCGAGCAACUAGCAAAUAGUCUUACUUCUCAGAAGACUUGAGUUCCUUAGGUUGCAGAAAGAAAUACCCUAUGGAGAAAGCUGUUGAGAAAUGUCCAGCUUUCGGAUGAAAGAAAGGUCUCCAGGAAAAGUUGGGAUUUCAACAUUAAAAGAAGCAGGAAACACUGUGUACAAAGUUGGAAAUGAAUCCCCUGUACAAGAAUUGAAACAAGAUGUAUCUAAAAAGAUUAUUGAAAGUAUUAUUGAGGAGAGUCAGAAAGCACUGGAACAUGAAGAUGAUGACUCUAUGGAUUCCAAAGAAAAAGAGCUCUCUGAUCAGGCUGCUGCCAUUCCUGUCAUGACUGAAACAGACCUUAGCAAUAUACCUGGACUGUUAGCCAUAGAUGAAGUACUACAGGAAGAGUCCCAAAAGGCAGAAAGUCAGAAUGCCUUUGAGGAAACAGAAUUAGAAUCACAAAAGUGUUUUCCUUCUGAUGACACCUGUGAGAAGCCAGGAGAUGAAACCACUCAGUUUACUGAAAGAAGUUUAACUGAGCAGCAAAGUGUGUCUGAAACUGAAACAGAAGGAUUAGACCCGGAAGCCAUGGAAGUAAAACAAAGCGAUGAUCUAGAACCUGUAUCCUCAGACUCCUUACCUAGUAAAGAUUCUGCUGCUGUGGAAGAAGUGGCUCCUGCCAAACCGCCAAGACAACUUACUCCAGAACCUGAUAUCGUGGCUAGUACAAAGAAGCCAGUUCCUGCACGUCCACCCCCUCCGACUCAUUUCCCACCUCCUAGGCCGCCACCUCCAUCUCGUCCUGCUCCACCACCAAGAAAAAAGAAAAGCGAAUUGGAAUUUGAAGCUCUUAAAACACCAGAUUUAGAUGUUCCCAAAGACAAUAUUCCAUCUGAAACUCUCCUAACUACAAGCAUGGCUUCAGAGAGUGCAGUGAAGGACUCUCAGCCUUCUCUUGAUCUAGCAAGUGCUACCAGUGGAGAUAAAAUAGUUACUGCUCAGGAAAAUGGAAAAACAUCUGAUGGGCAGAUAAUAGCAGAUGAAGUUAUGGGCCCUCAGAGACCAAGAUCCAACUCUGGGAGAGAGCUUACUGAUGAGGAAAUCUUAGCCAGUGUAAUGAUUAAGAACCUGGACACUGGUGAAGAAAUACCUUUAAGUCUUGCAGAAGAGAAGCUGCCAACAGGUAUUAAUCCCCUCACCCUGCACAUCAUGAGAAGAACUAAGGAAUAUGUAAGUACUGAUGCUGCACAGUCAGACGAUGAAGAGAAGUUACAGUCUCAAUCUACUGAUACUGAUGGUGGAAGGUUAAAACAGAAAACAACACAACUAAAGAAGUUCCUAGGAAAAUCGGUAAAAAGAGCAAAGCACCUCGCUGAGGAAUAUGGUGAACGGGCUGUAAAUAAAGUUAAAAGUGUUAGAGAUGAAGUGUUUCAUACUGACCAAGAUGAUCCUUCAUCAAGUGAUGAUGAAGGGAUGCCAUACACAAGACCAGUUAAAUUCAAAGCAGCACAUGGUUUCAAAGGACCUUAUGAUUUUGAUCAGAUCAAAGUGGUGCAAGAUCUUAGUGGUGAACAUAUGGGAGCUGUUUGGACUAUGAAGUUUUCUCACUGUGGUCGACUACUUGCCUCAGCUGGACAAGACAAUGUAGUGAGAAUAUGGGCUUUAAAAAAUGCUUUUGACUAUUUCAAUAAUAUGCGGAUAAAAUAUAAUACUGAAGGACGUGUCUCCCCUUCACCUUCUCAAGAAAGUCUGAAUUCAUCAAAAUCUGAUACAGAUACAGGAGUAUGUGGUGGAGCUGAUGAAGACCCUGAUGAUAAAAACGCACCAUUUCGACAACGGCCGUUUUGCAAAUAUAAAGGACAUACUGCUGAUCUCCUUGAUCUUUCAUGGUCUAAAAACUACUUUCUGCUUUCUUCUUCAAUGGAUAAAACAGUCAGGUUAUGGCAUAUUUCCAGAAGAGAAUGCCUUUGCUGUUUUCAACAUAUAGAUUUUGUUACUGCCAUAGCUUUCCAUCCAAGAGAUGACAGGUAUUUUCUAAGUGGGUCACUGGAUGGAAAGCUCCGCCUUUGGAACAUACCUGAUAAAAAAGUGGCUUUGUGGAAUGAAGUAGAUGGUCAAACAAAACUGAUCACAGCUGCCAACUUCUGUCAGAAUGGCAAAUAUGCAGUGAUUGGAACAUAUGACGGCAGAUGUAUUUUCUAUGAUACAGAGCAUUUGAAAUACCACACACAAAUACAUGUUCGAUCUACCAGAGGGCGCAAUAAAGUUGGAAGGAAAAUUACUGGCAUCGAGCCCUUACCUGGAGAAAAUAAGAUACUAGUAACCUCAAAUGACUCCAGAAUCCGACUAUAUGAUCUUAGAGAUUUGUCCUUGUCCAUGAAGUAUAAAGGUUAUGUCAACAGUAGCAGCCAAAUCAAAGCAAGUUUCAGCCAUGAUUUUAGUUACAUCGUUAGUGGCUCAGAAGAUAAAUAUGUUUAUAUCUGGAGUACUUACCAUGACCUAAGCAAGUUUACAUCAGUUAGAAGAGAUCGUAAUGACUUUUGGGAAGGCAUUAAAGCACACAAUGCAGUUGUCACAUCAGCCAUCUUUGCUCCCAACCCAAGUUUGAUGUUAUCUUUGGAUUUUCAGUCAGAAGGGAAUGAUAAAGGCGAAAAUGCUGAAGUUUUAGAUACAAUGUCCUCAGGUUUGAAGACAGAUAACACAGAAGUUCUUCUUUCUGCUGACUUCACUGGAGCAAUUAAAGUGUUUAUCAACAAACGGAAAAAUGUGUCAUAAUUAAUUUGAAACGAAAUUUAAAGUAAGCAUAUCAGUAAGUUUCUAUGUGUAUCAGAGGAGAAAAAUAGUAUAGUAUUUCAGGCUAACAUCCUUUUAAAAGUUUUAUUGGAAGUUGUUCAAAUAUAAUAUAUUUUUUGAGAGGCAGUGUUAUAAUGAUCUAGUAAACCCUGGGCUGAUAAACUAGAAAGGAAUGUGGUUAGAAUAACAUUGCCAAACAUUAGGCUUUACAUUUUGUUAUGUUUGUGUUUUUGUUAUAUAAUUGUGAACAUGCACAUGUUUCUGCAUGAAAUAUAUAUUAAUAUAUUAAUCAUAUGUGUGUGCCUUUUGGUUACAUGCACUAAAUCUAACAGAGUUAAAUUAUUUCAGUGGCUCUUUUGGCCUCUUAUUGUGGGGUGGGGGGGAGUUUUGUUUCUAGCUUAAACAAUUUCUUUUGCACAAAAUUUCAUUUUUAAGAAAAAAAUGGUAUCUCCUAACUGAGUUCUUGUUUUGAAAAACGUUAUAUAGGUUUUCAGUAGGUCAACAACUAUGUGUAAAUGUUUUUUUUUAUGAAUUUCUCAAUUUGGGGACAAGAUUUUUUUUCUUGUGGUCUAAAUUGUAUACUUAAGAUUCUUUUGUUUGUAUGUGUGUGUAAAUAUAUAUAUAUAUAUAUAUAAUUUUUUGCCACACUGGAGCACAAUGUUUCUAUGUAAAGAAUUGUUUUCAUUCUUUAUCCAUGAGCACCAGGCUUUGCUCAGUUAAAAAAAAAAAAAAAAGCCGCAUCAUGGAGUGAGUCUUCUUUUUUACAAAGAUGUAAAAAUGAACUGUUUACAUUUUUUAAAGCAUUGUAGUUUAAAAACAAGUGAGCUGUUUCAUUUCGUGUUGUUGGAUUUGAAAGCCUUUGUAAAUACUGAUAUAAUGUACCAAUGAAAUGACAUCCGGGGCAACAGGACCCUGAUCAUGUUGUUGACGGUUAACCUAUGUUUCUGAAAAUGCGUAUUAUUAUUAAAAGGCAGUUGCCAACACGUGUUAAA